AUGUCCAUUAUUCCAGAGGAGUGUGAUGUCUUGGUCAUCGGCGGUGGCCCUGGUGGGGCGUACACUGCAUGCGCUCUGGCACGAGAGGGCAUUGACACCGUUCUCCUCGAAACUGAUGUCUUUCCAAGGUACCACGUUGGAGAGAGUAUGCUUCCCUCCAUGCGCCACUUCCUGCGCUUCGUCGAUCUCGACUCCAUUUUCGAUAGCUACGGAUUCAAACACAAGAAUGGCGGCAUGUUCAAGAUGAACUCGAAGCCCCGAGUGUUCACCGACUUCUUAGCCGCUGGAGGCCCCGAUGGCUACACGUGGAAUGUCGUGCGAUCCGAAGCUGACCACUUGAUCUUUAAGCAUGCCGCUCAGUGUGGUGCGAAGCCCUUCGAUGGCGUCCGCGUGGGUGAUAUCGAGUUCCGCCCCUGGAACAUGAAUGAUGAAGAGGAAAGUGAGCUUGCCGCCUUCCCUGAACCCAAUCCUGGACGUCCUGUCUCGGCUCGCUGGUCGAAAAAGGAUGGCAGCAGUGGAACCGUCAAAUUCAACUAUCUGGUGGAUGCCAGUGGACGUACAGGAGUGGUGAGUACCAAGCACUACAAGAAUCGGCGGUAUAACCAAGGUCUGAAGAACCUUGCCACUUGGGGCUACUGGAAGAACAUGGAGCCUUAUGGCAAGGGCUCUCAAUACGAGGAUCAGCCUUUCUUCGAGAAUUUGGCUGAUGCGAGUGGAUGGGUGUGGACGAUUCCACUGCACGGCGACGUUGUCUCAGUUGGCGUCGUUCGGAACCAAGCCAUUUAUAUGGAGGAAAAGAAGAAAAUGGGUUCUCCCUCCAGCAACGAGUUUUAUCUCGAAAACUUGAAACUUGCUCCGGGCAUCAAGGCCCUGAUGGCCGACGCUGAACUUGUCUCGGAUGUCAAGUCUGCCUCCGAUUGGUCGUACAGUGCAUCUAGCUAUGCCAGUCCCAAUAUCCGCUUGGUUGGAGAUGCCGGAUGUUUCAUUGAUCCGUUCUUCUCGUCGGGUGUGCACCUGGCUUUUGCCAGUGGGUUGGCUGCUGCUGCGACGAUAUGCGCUGUCAAGCGUGGAGACUGCAACGAAACCACUGCUACCGAUUGGCAUUCGAAGAAGGUGGCUGAGGGAUACACUCGCUUCCUCCUGGUUGUGCUCAGCGCCCUCAAGCAGAUCAAAGAUUCGGAUGACCCCGUAUUGACAGACUGGGAUGAGACAACCUUUGACCGUGCUUUCUCAUUCUUCCGACCCAUCAUCCAGGGUACUGUUGAUGUCAAGGCCCGCCUCACUCAGUCAGAGAUCUCCAAUACAAUCGACUUCUGUUGCCGAGCUUUCAUUCCCAUCGAUGCUGAAAAGAAGGAGGCCGUUCUGCAGAAGAUGGAUAGCCUCGGGCUGAACGAUGAGACCCUCGAUGCCAAGACCAAGGGUGAGCUCGAGGCCUCCAUGUCUGAGGAGGAAGUGCGCAUUAUGCACCAGAUCCGUGCGCGUCAGAUGAUCCGUACUGAAGACACUGUCAACAUUGAUACCUUCAGUGUUGACACCAUCGACGGUUUGACUGUGAACCUUGAGCAGGGAAGACUUGGUCUUAUCAAGCCUUCCGCUGAAAAGAAGACCCAGCAAUUGGAUGCUGUCGGCAUGUGGCACGGUGAGAGCGGUAUGGCGCCCAUCGGUGAUAAGCCCAUGGGCGAGACAGUUUCUGUCCAGACUUAG